AUGCUCCUCAACGAUCGUGAGUCCUAUAAAGUCGGCGAUGCCGCCAGUCUAAAGUCCCUAGUCGCAAAAGUUAACAGAAAUCUGGCUCAACCAAAGGAGGACAAGGUCAUCAUAUGGUAAAUGGCAAUGCCCCCAGAAACUGCUAUAGCGGGAUUCUAAGGUCUCUCAAAAGUACACAAGCCGGAUGUUCCCCUCCGUCCAAUCGUCUCACUCCGAGGCACACCCACACAUGGGCUUGAAAAAUGGCUAUUUCAGAAGCUAAGAUUCUUAGCUUCAGACUCACAGACAACGAUGCACUCAGCAGAACAGUUCCUUUACAAAAUAAGGGUAGUCACAAUCGAACCGAAUUAGAGGAUGGUGUCUUUUGACGUCGUCUCACUCUUCAUGUCUUCAGGCCCUUGCGGUCGAAAUGCUCACUGACCUGCUACGGCAAAAUUACGACGGGGACGAUGACCAGGAUCUCAUAGAACUCGUGGGAAACUGCCUCAAGACAUUCUUUACCUUCGAAGGAAUCACGUACGAGCAAAUCAAGGACUCUCCAAUGGGUCCACCAAUCUUCGGGCUCAUUUCCGAGGCAGUUCUACAAAAACUCGAUAGACGACUAUUAGAGGAGUACAAACCCAAGUUUUGGACACGUUACGUUGAUGACACCCUUGUAAUCAUCGAUCGGGAUAAAUUCAACUUCUAUACGAAAAUACUGAAUUCAGUCAAUCCCGUCUACAGUUCACGACGGAAGAGGAAGUAG